AUGUCCAGCAGUUCGAACGAAACACGCGCCUCGACCGCAACGACGCCAGCUGCGCGUCUUCGCGAACUUCUGUCGCAACCUUCGAUUGUAGUCGCUCCUGGCGUGUUUGACGGCAUCUCUGCACGAAUGGCACUUCAAGCAGGCCAUCAUGCGCUGUACCAGACAGGCGCAGGGACGUCAGCUUCACGACUAUCACGUGCUGAUCUCGGCUUUCUAGCCAUGUCAGAUAUGAUCGGUGCUGCAGGUGUCUCGAUUAUGGCUGAUCCGCACAUGUUGACACCGGUCAUAGCGGAUGCUGAUACUGGGUUUGGGGGUGCACCACAGGUGGCUCGAACGGUACAAGAGUAUCACCGGGCCGGAAUUGCCGCGCUACACAUUGAGGAUCAAGUGCAAGCGAAAAGGUGUGGACAUCUUGAUUCGAAGCAGAUCGUAUCGCGGUCCGAAUUCAUCUCUCGUAUCACGGCAGCGGUUCACGCACGCGACUCUCUACGCUGUGCACCGUUGGAUCGGAUCCUCAUCAUCGCGCGCACCGACGCCCUCGCCGUCGAGGGUCUAGAUGAAGCCAUCGAGCGUCUCAAACUUGCGCAGGCCGCGGGUGCAGACAUGGGCUUCCUCGAAGGCAUGCGUUCCAACACCCAAGUGUCUACCGCUAUGUGUUCGCUACCUGAUUUUCCGAUGUUGGCCAACUGCGUGACAGGUGGAAAAAGCCCGCUGUGGACAGCCAAGCAGGCACAGCAGUUGGGCUUCAAGCUUGCCAUCUUCCCGUGUGCCGGCAUUUUCCCCGCUGCAAAGGCACUGCUCGCCAGCUACACACAUCUCAUCCAGAACGGCAUCGGAAUUGAAGCCGAAAACGAUCCGGCAAAGAGCCAGGUGGAUUUGGGCGGAGCUGAUCCGAUGGGUCUGCGCAAUUUCUUUAGGGAUAUGGGAUUGGAACACGAACUGCAGAUCGAUAGUUUGGUGGCAAGCGGAGCAUCACUUGGCCAUGUAUAG